AUGAGUCGCGAUCCGAGACUUCUAGCCGACUACUUCUCGCGGUCCCUGACAUCAUUCACCUCGUCUGGCGAACAAUUCCGUGUGCUGUGCACGCUGCUACCCCGCAACGGCAACGGCGCAGCACAGGAUGAGGACGAUUAUAUCCCAAAAGUGCUGCAGCCUCAGCAAUCUGUCCAAGACGUCAUCGUCCUGGACUCGAGCUUCAACCCUCCCACGACGGCACACGCGGCCAUGGCACGUUCCGCUGCUGCUGCUGCUGCUUCUGCUGCCGCUGCGUCACAGCACAUCCAUCAGACCAGCCGUACCAGGAUCCUGCUUCUCCUGGCGGUAGAGAAUGCCGACAAGGCUCCCAGACCAGCCAGCUUCCCGCUCCGUCUGUGCAUGAUGGAAGGGUUCGGGAGGGAACUGCUUGCGUCUGUCCGCACGGAUGCUCCGUCGACCGGGUUGGAAGCCGUGGACGUGGGCGUGACGAGCCGGCCCUUCUUCCACCAGAAAGCACUGGCUAUCGCUGCUUCCGGGUUCUACCGUGGCGGCACGACCUCUGCGAGUCCAAGUUGGAGUCCGGGCCCGGGUCCGAGUCGGGGUGGGACGGAGGGUGAGAGCGGAUGCGAGAUGACCUUCCUGGCCGGGUACGAUACGCUGGUACGGAUCUUCAACCCCAGAUACUAUGCCGGUACCGGGGGGAUGAGGGCGGCUCUGGAUCCCUUCUUCCGUUCGGCCAGGUUGAGGGUGACGAUGAGGACGGAUGGGGAGUGGGGGGGCAGAGAGGAGCAGAGUAUGUACCUCGGGAGGCUGGGCAGGUCGUCAUCUCCGUCGCCCUCGUCGGUGGCGGGUGAGGCUGACGGUGCGGAUGGCGGUGAGACGGACGGUAUCGAGGAGGACUGGGUGCGUAGGGUGGAGAUGGUGGAUGGUAUCGGUGGCUCCGUGAGCAGUUCGAGGGUGAGGCAGGCUGUCGAGGUUCAAGGGGACGUGGACGGGUUGGUGGACGGGGAGGUGAGGAUGUGGAUUGAGAGGGAGGGACUGUACAGGUGA